AUGUCAGUCCUCAAGGCGGGUUUGAAGUCGAGUCUGCAGUUCCGCGUCCCGCCUAUCGGCGGCAGGACGUCGAGUAGCUCGUUCCAGAGCCACUACAGCAGCGGUGCCGAAGUCGAGUCGUGGAUUGGUUUGGAACAGAACCUUGUGAUUACGCAGGAGAACUCGUCUGCGUACAUUAGGCACGGUGAACUUGGCCAUAGAUAA